AUGGUCCAAAUCAAGCAGUUCGCCAUCGAGCGCUGGAUGGAUGACUACGAGCACAGCGCGAAGCUCAACCUCGCAGAGACCUGCUGCGCCUCCAUUUCCCUGCACGAUCUGCAAUCCCUCUCCUCGGCCGAGUCCUCAAAGGCCAUCGUAGAUUACUCGCAGAAGCAGGUGUACGGCGCCAUCCGAGGUACCGAGACCUUGCGCUCCAACAUUGCAGCACAGUUCAUCCCGGAAGGGGCGCGCCUGAACGCCGACAACGUCCUCAUCACGAACGGCGCCAUCCAAGCCAACUUCCUGGCUCUUUACACCAAUGUUGGCCCGGGUGACCACGUAAUUUGCCAUUACCCAACAUACCAGCAGUUGUAUUCAGUCCCCGAGUCUCUCGGUGCCGAAGUCAGUCUCUGGCGGGCGAAGGAGGACGAUGGCUGGCGCGUGGAUAUCGACGAGCUGAGAGCCCUAAUCAGGCCCAACACCAAACUCAUCAUCAUCAACAAUCCACAGAACCCCACCGGCGCAACCCUCUCGCGCACCGUCCUCUCCAGCAUCGUCGACGUCGCGCGCGAGCACGCCAUCUUCAUCCACAGCGACGAAGUGUACCGCCCGCUCUUCCACUCCCUCAACGACGAUGAAGAGCGCCCCCCUUCCAUCCUUGCCUUCAACUACCCCAAGUCCCUCGCCACCGGCUCCAUGUCCAAAGCCUUUUCCCUCGCCGGCAUCCGCCUCGGCUGGAUUGCUUCGCCCUCGCCCGCGCUCAUCGACGCCUUCGCAUCCGCCCUCGACUACACCACCAUCAGCGUCUCGCAGCUCGACGACGCCGUCGCUGCCUUUGCGCUGAGCGAGGCCGUCGUGCACAACCUGCUCGCUCGCAACGUUGCGCUGGCCCGCUCCAACCUCGCCCUUGUGUCCGCAUUUGUUGAGGAGCAUAAAGCGACGUGCCGCUGGGCCAAGCCGACGGCGGGGACGACGGCGUUCGUGCGCUUUGAGAGAGAUGGAAAGCCGGUGGAUGAUUCGGAGUUCUGCAAGAGGGUGUUGGAGAAGACUGGCGUGCUUCUCGCGCCAGGCAGCACGUGCUUCGGUGAGGGAGAGGUAUUCCAGGGGUUUGUGAGGAUUGGAUAUGUUCAGGACACACAAGUGAUGGUGGACGGGUUGAAUGCUUUGAGGGCCUUUAUGAGAGAAGAAUUUGCAAAGGUGCCCUUGGCUGCAUAG